AUGCAGUACCUAGGACUCACGUCUAUCGAUCCACUCGGAAUACUUUCCACUAGCCAAAAGUCUACACCACUACCUUCUUAUACCCAUUACUCACCUCACGAACCAUCUCAGCGAUCUCGGAGAUUGAAAGAGUGGAUUUACUAUCCAUUCACCGUUUUCAAGGGACGAGAGGAGUUCGACGGAAAGAUCAGAGAAAUGCUACUGCAAGGGUUCACGGCAACCAUCUGUGAAAUCUGGACUGAUGCCAGACUAUCGACUAAAAUGUUUGCUUUACAGAGUUUGUCAAGUCUCGGGGAAAAGAAAAGUGCUUUGAAGAAUUGGCUGAGACCCAAGAGACGGAGAAUGCGUCAAUGUAAAAAGAAGGCGGAAUGA